AUGUCAAAGAACUGGAUCCGCCAUGGCUUCAACAAAGUAGCUCGUGCUGUAGGCAAAGCCAACCCAAAGAAGCAGCAAGAUUUUCCAAUAUUGAAAGGACACCCUGCUGCACAAGGACAUGCAGAAGAAGCUCUCGGAACCCAUGAAUCCGUCAGAAGUAGAAACAAAGCUAUGAAGGAGUUCAAGAUUUACAGAUGGAGCCCUGACCAUCCCAACCACAAGCCUUACCUCGAGUCUUACUUUGUCGACCUCGACAAUUGUGGUCCUAUGGUGUUGGAUGCAUUACAGAAGAUAAAAGCAGAGAAUGAUUCAACCCUGAGCUAUAGGAGGUCAUGUAGAGAAGGAAUAUGUGGGUCAUGUGCCAUGAAUAUUGAUGGAACCAACACUGUGGCCUGUCUCAAACCCAUUGAUGCAGACACUUCCACAGCCACAACUAUAACUCCUCUGCCUCAUAUGUUUGUGAUCAAAGAUCUAGUUGUUGAUCUCACUCAUUUCUACCAGCAGUACAAGUUGAUUGAGCCAUGGCUAAAGACUAAAAGGCCCCCGGAGGACGGUCGGGAGUACAAGCAAUCGCCUGCAGACAGGAAGAAGCUUGAUGGCCGUUAUGAAUGUAUACUUUGUGCUUGUUGUUCUACCUCAUGCCCUUCCUACUGGUGGAAUCCGGAGGAGUUCCUUGGACCAGCGGCAUUGCUUCAUGCUUAUCGAUGGAUCGUUGACAGUCGGGAUGAGUUCACGGAGGAACGAUUGGAGGCAUUAACAGAGGCCGAAAAGAGGUUAUAUAGAUGCCAUGUUAUAAAGAAUUGCACCGCCACUUGCCCCAAAAGCCUCAAUCCUGCCGAUGCAAUACAGAAAAUGAAGACCAUGCAUUUGCUCUCUCAGCCAGUUGAAGAGGUUGAGACUUGA